AUGCCUCGGACGAGAGCCGAGAUUCUGUUGGAUAUGUACGGGCACGCAGAUGGAGGAAUUACUCGUGCGUACGUGAUAUGCGUGGCUGGAAUGGCAGAAAAGUUGCGCGAUGCGGCCGCACGUGGCGACGUCGCGCGGGUCGCCCGUCUUCUUGACGAAGAUAUUAAACCGUUGCCGGAUGAGAAUGGCAGGAGUCCCCUUUUACUGGCAGCGGCAGCCGGUCACGUGGACGUCUGUGAAACGUUGUUUCUUCGAGAAGUCGACGUCAACGCAGCCGACAACACUGGAGCCACAGCUUUGCAAAAGGCAGCAUCAGAAGGCCAUCUGGAGGUAGUCGAAUUGUUGUUGAAACACGAUGCAAACGUCGCACGACAGGAUACCGUGCAUGGAAAUUCAGCGCUGCACGAGGCCUCAUGGCGCGGUUACAGCCGGACCGUGGCCGCCCUGGCAAAGGCCCUCGGGACACAACGUACCCCUCUGCACGCGAGGAAUCUCGCCGGAUUCGCGCCGCUUCACCUCGCCUGCCAAAACGGGCACAACCAAAGCUGCCGCGAACUCCUCCUGGCGGGGUGCAAUCCCGACCUUCAAAACAACUAUGGCGAUACUCCCCUUCACACGUCCGCGCGAUACGGCCACGCAGGUGUCACGCGUAUCCUAAUUUCUGCGCUCUGCCGGGUCUCAGAUCAAAAUAAAAACGGCGACACGGCGUUGCACAUCGCGGCGGCGAUGGGCCGUCGAAAGCUGACGAGGAUCCUGCUUGAGGCCGGCUGCGACCGUACGCUGCGGAACAAGCAAGGGGAAACUGCGAAGGACAUAGCCAGGCGUAAGAAUCUGGCGGAGAUACUGGAGAUAAUCGGUAAAGCGCGAAGCAAGAGUAGACAGCGGAGCAAAAGCCGUGAAGAGGAGGCAACGACGACAGCGGCGACGGCGGCGGCGGCGGCGGUCGCCAUUGUGGCGGACAAGGUCGACGGGAAGGGCAACAAGAGCGAGAAGAAACGCGAGAAGACCGGUAGUGGUACCAGCGGGAGCAGGGACAGUUGCACGAAGAAGGAGAAAAAGAAGCACAAAUCGUCCGGUGGUAAACAGAACAAGGUCCAUUUCGAGAAGGCCGUGAUGGGUAGACAAUGGUCACCGUACGGUUGCCAUUACUAUCCCGAUCCGGAAGCGUUUCCGCAGCCGCGUUUGGACUCCCUGCCACCGGAUCCAUUGGCCCGCGGUGAACAGUACUACCUGGACCUGGCUGGAAACAUCAGAAAGGGCCCGGUCGGAGUGGGCUACACCUGUUAUUGCGCGCCGUUCUUCAGACACAUGGAGGCCAAGCUGGAGAGGGACAAGGCGGAGCUGAAGGCUCACAUAGACCAAGCCCACGAGCGACUGGACCUGAAGGUGGCCAAUCUGGAGAGGAGGACCAGGGGACAGAUCUCGGAGUUGACUAGAUGCGUGGCAGCUGAGAGGUCCAGAUGCGACGAAAGACACUCGCAUCUGCAGCAACGUUUGUCUCGCGGUGGAAGAGGCAGACACAGCGAAAGACCUACGAAAGCAUCGUUUGGCAAUGAUCAGUCCCUACCGCCGGCUAGGGCCAGGUCGUUGGAGGAUUUGUUGGAUGACAGACCCCAUGAUAGAAGUUUCGAGAUCCCUGGUGAGACGCCGAUACAUCGUGGCAGCCUGGACGAUCUUGAUAUACCGGCCAUACCUAGACUAAGUAAAUCCAUGAGAGAUCUACCGACGGGUUCCGGUGUCUCGAGGUCAACCUUGAGGGUGCUCGAUGUGCCAGCCAGGCUAAACGAGACGUUCGACGGGGUGAUCAAGCAGGAUCGAAGCUCGCCGCUCGGGGCCGCCUCCUCGCCAUCGAUUGGGUCCAGGCAACAGGUCCAUCAGCAACGCGUGAGUGAUCUAUCGAGUCGGGAUCAUGGAAUUAAUUCCUGCCAAGACGAAAGUAUCGCAACGCGGAAGAGCGACGAUAACACAAACGAAUGGAGGUCCUCCGGACGACGAAGUGUUCACGAAAUGAUCAAACGAUUUCAACAGGUACCCGGUAUGCAUAACGGCUGGCGAGGUGCCCGUUCAGGAAGCAGCGAGCCGACGAGCCCUGAACACAGUCAAUGCUCCCAAAAUCAAAGGGUCCAACCCCAGGGUGGCGUAGGCAAUGGCUGGCACGGAGAAGGUAACGAUAGCGAGAGCAGCGAGGGAGACGAGGACGAGCAACCGGAAGCACUUAGUGGGGGGAUCACUGGAAAAGGAGUGAUAUCGGAGCACGUGCAUUACGACAGCAUAGCCAGAAUGCCGUAUAGGUCCCGUAAUGCAGUUUAUAGCCCGACACCGCCUUUGCAUGAUGCACACAAUGAUUCCGGAUACAGCACCCGCAUGUAUGGCUCUAGCAAAGGCGCUUCACCUUCAUUGUCGGGUCAAUUGGAAUGCGACGUGAUUCUUCCAACCACAACAAACACAUUUCCUAGCGGAGAACACCUGGCUGCAUUGUUAGAACAACCCAGAAACCACGAUCUCACGGUCUACGAACGCAGCGCCGACAACGUUGUCAUUAACAUCGGAACCGCGAGCCUCGUUUAA